CCACAGAACAGCUGGAGUCAGCGCACAUGAAGGAUGAGGAAGGCCAGGCUCUGGGGGCUGCUCUGGAUGUUCUUCGUUCCAGAAAUCCAAGCUGCCGCAAAACUAUACGAGGAGAAGUGUACUCUAGCAGAGGGGCAGACCUUGAACGUGAGCUGUCCUACCAAUACCAACAUAUAUUCCAACAGCCAGAAGGCUUGGCAGAGGCUGAAAGAUAAUGGGGAGGUCCAGACACUGGCAAUCACAGAGGGGUCCAGUCAAGUCCAGAAGGGGAAGUACUUCCUAGAAGACAUCCCCAGUGAAGGGAUGCUGCAAGUCCGAAUGACCAACCUUCAAGUGGAGGACUCAGGAUUGUACCGAUGUGUGAUCUUGGGACCCAGCGACCCCAUCAUCCUGUUCUACCCAGUCCGCCUGGUGGUGACCAAGAAUUCUUUGGGAACCCCUGACUCAGAUGAGUAUCCUUGCCAGAUCUCUGUUCAGAAUCCCACCCUACCUCCCGUCACCACCAAGCUCCGUCCCAGGCCCGGGCCCAGGCCCAGGCCCAGGCCCGUGACCCAACUCGUCCCCACAUCAGCCGAUAGGCUCUCCUCUCCUGGCUUCACAGUCACCCCCACAAAUGUGACACACGUCACCAGGGCCCCUGGGAUCAGCAUCGUCAUUCCUGCAGCGUGCGGACUCCUGAGUAAGACCCUGGUCUUCAUCGGUCUGUUUGCUGUCACGCAGAGGUCAUUUGCAUCUUAG